AUGGGUUACUUUCCGCUGCCAGCUAUCUACUGCUUGUGUUGGCUCUGUCUCGACGUGCUUCUCUGUACAGCGUCUAUCAUGCAUCUAUGCACCAUUAGCGUCGACAGGUACCUCUCGCUCCGGUAUCCAAUGAGGUUCGGUCGAAACAAAACAAGAAAAAGAGUGACAGUGAAGAUCGCCUUCGUGUGGAUGCUGUCAUCAGCAAUGAGUCUUCCAUUGGUUUUAAAAUAUUCUAAGAAUGCAGAUUCAGUUCUGAUCGACGGUUCCUGUCAAGUGCCAGAUAAUUUGUACAAGGCCAUCGGGUCCAUCAUCUCAUUCUACAUUCCACUGGGCGUGAUGCUGCUGACGUAUGCCUUGACAAUACAGCUCUUGGCGAGGCAGAGGAAGGGACUGGGAGCUGGCUGGGCACCCGGAUGGCUUGGAGCUCCUCCUAUUGGUCGACGCUGUACGUGGCGUAGGUUCCUAGGUCCUCGAGGUGGGACUCCACAGCAUUCAGCAGCUUCCACCGAGACUGAACUGCCCCCAAUAGAUACAAGAGACCUUUGGAUCCAAGAUUCAAGCGAGCCUGCCCCGUCAGCAAUGACAGCACUGCAUCAGUUUGGGGCAGAGAUGUUGCGUCUAUCUCGCGGCUUGGAAGCUUCUGCGGCGACAAAGCCACAAUACAGAGGGACGAACAUAUCUGAACGAGGUGGGAUGCUCACUCCAGGGUCUCUGAGCGUCUCAUCCAGUUCACCGUCGUCGAUGCUCCAAGACCGACGUAGACCUUCGUCUACAGGAGAGCCAAACACCCCACUUCAUAGGCCAAGAAGUGCGUCUGACGAUGAAAGUAAUGAAGGUCUGUUAGCUCCCGCAGCUUUGACCGCUAAAUCGCGUAGUUCCGAAGACGGUUUACUUUUGCCACCUCCAUGCACUUGUCCAUAUUUUGGGUCAGAAUCUACUCCACCCAGACGAACUACGGAAGUUAUUAUAGUUCCCGGUGGGGACAUUAAUGGAUGUAACGGGUAUCCUAGAAAUGGGAAUAUGAAAGAAGAACAGUCGACGCCAUUUUUUAGAAGGUCUAGUCGUGGCGCUGCGUCUAUGGUGACUUGGGACGAAGCGAAGCGAUUUCGCAGAGGCUCGAGUUUUGGAGGAGCCAGGACUACACUUUCGACUCCAAUCCGAAGUAUACGCGCCCAAAGAACUAUAGCCAGGUCACAGCAAGUGACUGCUAGUCCACAACGCCAAACGCCUAGAACGCAUCAUUCUAGAAAUUCAAGUGUUAUAUCCAGAAAUUCCUCCCGUCACGGCAGGAUCUUACGGUUAGAGCAAAAAGCAACUAAAGUUUUAGGGGUGGUAUUUUUCACGUUUGUAAUUUUGUGGGCUCCAUUUUUCAUUCUGAAUAUGGUGCCGGCUGUUUGCUCUCACUGCGAGGAGAGGAUCUCGCCAUGGGUGUAUGACUUCGCCUUGUGGUUAGGCUACGCCAGUUCGAUGGUGAAUCCAAUAUUCUAUACAAUAUUUAACAAAAUAUUCAGGCAGGCUUUUAAGAAGGUCCUCAUGUGUGGGUAUUGGAAAUCGACGAGGUAGCCGGCACCCUGGGAGCGCGUUCGUCCGACUUCUGAUCCUGGUAUCGGAGCGCUCUCAGUCAAUAGGAACAUCCGAUCUCAAUUUGUAUAAACUCAUUGAAGAGCUUUAAGUAUUACGCUUUUAGUUUUAGAAUGCAU